GAAUACUGGCAGUCAAUGGUACUGUACGUGUUGGAAAGACUCACGGAGAAAUAGGGAGGGCAAAGGUGCUGUUUGAUUGGCAUGGGAGAGAACACCUGGAAGCUGACCUUACUGUCUGGACCAAGCUUUUAGGCUGCUUGUGAAGUCAGAGCAAAUACCAAGAAGGCAUUGUGGCAAGAUGGACACGGGGAAGGGCCGACCUCGUCUGAAGCUCCCCCAGAUGCCUGAACCUCAUCCACAGAAGUCCUAUGCUCCAGACAUCAUUGGAUCUUGGAGUCUGAGAAACAGAGAACAACUGAGGAAGAGAAAAGCUGAGGCCCAGGGGAGGCAGACGUCACAAUGGCUCCUUGGAGAACAGAAAAAACGCAAGUGUCAGAGAACAGGAAAAGGAAAUAAAAGAGGCCGAAAGAGACAAGGGAACGUGGAGCAAAAGGCAGAGCCUUGGUCACAAACAGAAAGGGAAAGGGUGCAAGAGGUAUUGGUGUCUGCGGAGGAAGAAACCGAGCACCCUGGGAACUCUGCAACUGAAGCCCUCCCCUUGGUCCCACCCCCCACAAAAGCUGUGCCUGCAGAUCCGUGUUCUGAAGUACACCAAGAAAGCAUUCAGUGUCAAGAAAGAGCAAUACAGAACCAUUCUCAAACACACCUCUCUCCUACCACAUGCCACGGGAUAGCAGUACUUCAACAUUCUCCUAAAAUGUGCCAAGAUAUGGCCGAACCUGAGGCAUUCUCUCCUAACAUGUGCCAGGAGACAGCUGUGCCCCAAACCUAUUCUCCCAAAGCACUUGAAGAAAUGGCUGCAGCCGAGGCACUCUCUCCUAAAAUGUGCCAGGAAACAACUGUGUCCCCAAGCCAUUCUUCCAAAGUGCCCCAAGAUAUGGCUGGACCUGAGGCUCUGUCUCCUGACGUGUGCCAGGAACCAACUGUGCCUCAAGAACAUUCUUUGAAAAUGUGCCAAGAUGUGGCCAGACCUGAAGUCCUCUCUCCUAAAACACAUCAAGAGAUGGCUGUUCCAAAAGCCUCUCCCUGCAUAACACCUGGAGAUGCUGCUGGCCUGGAAGGAUGCUCCCCAGAAGCCCUCCCCCAAUCAGAUGUCGCUGAAGGCUGUCCACUUGACACAACCCCCAUGUCAGUCACACCAGAGCAAACCACUUUCGACCCAGAUCUGGGAAUGGCUGUGACUGAAGGCUUCUUUUCUGAAGCCAGAGAAUGCACUGUUUCUGAAGGCAUUUCUACAAAGACACACCAAGAAGCAGUUGAACCUGAAUCCAUUUCUCAUGAGACUUAUAAAGAAUUCACUGUGCCUAUAGUUUCUUCUCAGAAAACAAUCCAAGAAUCACCUGAGCCUGAAGAAUAUUCACCUGAAACAUGUCAACCAAUACCUGGGCCUGAGAACUAUUCACUGGAAACCUGCCAUGAAAUGUCGGGGCCUGAAGACCUCUCUAUCAAGACCUGUCAGGACCGGGAUGAGCCUAAACACAGCCUUCCAGAAGGAGCCCAGAAAGUAGGUGGGGCCCAAGGGCAGGACCCCGAUGCACAGGACAGUGAGAACGCUGGUGCUUUCUCUCAAGAUUUUACAGAAAUGGAGGAAGAAAACAAAGCAGAUCAAGACCCGGAAGCUCCAGCAAGCCCACAGGGUCCUCAAGAGACCUGCCCAGAAAAUGGCAUCUACAGCUCUGCUCUAUUUUAACAGUGCUCAGUGAUGGAGCUGCAGUCCAGCUCAAUACAGCAUACAUAUCUCUUGUGGUUUCACUGAAAUACUGCAGCAAUCACUAAAAUUUGCAUUGCUAUUUUAACUUAUGCUUUUUUUUUCCAUUUGUAGCUCUUAUCUGAAAGAGAGAACUAACAUUUUUAAGGCUUUAACACAUAGACAUAGUGUGUGUGUGUGUGUGUGUGUGUGUGUGUGUACCCAUGUGAGCACCUGAGGGUGUGUAUUUGUAUAUGGGGGAAGACAGAACAGGGGAAAGGUUUAGUAGCUGAUUUUCCCCUAUAAGAAGAAACAUAUAUUUGGUAAUUCUGAGAAGAAGAUAGCAAUUCAACAUGAACACUUAGUGAUUUUGAAAGCAUACAGUUUCUUGUAAGUCUUGUCAACUAUUGAUGUAACAACAUCAGAAUUUUAUUCGAGCUUUACACAUCUCUGAGUUAAUUGAACAAUUCUUAUUCUAAAAGUUAUUGCAAAUUAUUUUGGAAUUGAUAAUUGUCGCUUAUUUCUGUGUGAACCUGGACCUUCUAUUUCUAUUUUUUAAACUGUGUUUGUAAAAAAAUGUACAUUAAAUCAUUACUAUGGUCUUA